AUGGUUUGUCAUCUGCUCAGGUCUGGAGAUGAUGAUCCCGAAUCUGAUCUCCUCUCCGCCCUGAGCUCCACUGCGCAAGGGUUUCCAGCAGGCACGUUGGACAUGGAGUACACCAUCACCUGCGAGCUGCCGAGUGAGAAGGUUGGCCUCCUCAUAGGCAAGCGCGGAGAGGAUGUACAGCGUAUCCGCAAGAUGACAGGAACCUACAUCCACUUUGACCCGGCGCAAGAUGGUAGCGAUGGUCAGACCCUCACCAUCAGGGGACCUUUGCUGAAAGUAUAUCGCGCCCAUGCGCUGCUUAUGAGAAGAUACCACGAGACGCAGGCCGAAGAAGCUCCACACAACGGUACGACGUGUACGAGUACGAAUGGUGACAGCGAUCAAAAAGUGCAGGCGCUGGAGGAGCAGCUGCAAGCCAUGCAGCGGCAGCUGGCAGAAGUCAAGCAGCUGCAGCAGAGCAACACGAAUGCCGCUCCCGUAGCUUCUGCAAAGGGCCGGGGAGGCGGCAAAGGUUCAAAGAAAGGCCGAUGA